UGAACGUUUUUAUAUCAAUAGGCAAGUCAUUAUAGCUGUUUUAGGGCUUGGAGCUUUUUAUAUAGGAAAUUGUGAUGUCUAAGAAUGAUGUUCAGUAAAGAAAAGGGAUCCACUUUUGGAAAGGGGCAUUGUUUGCUUUUCAUACUUAUAUAUUAUGUUCUAUGUCCUACAUUCCAAAAUUUUCUCAUUUGCACAGAUAGGUAUACCUAUAUAUGGAAGUCUCAAAUCUGAAUUUUUUGCCAUAUGAAAUUAACAAAGCCAUUUACAAAGCCAUUUUCUUCUGUUGUGAGGUAAGCAGAGUAAAUAUGUUAUCUGCCCAGUUGGGAAAUGUUUUUGGCUACCUUCUUCUAUCAUCAAAAGCUGAAGUUACAUAUUAAAAAAAAGUUACUAAAGUAAUUCAAGGCCAGAUGUGGCACUGAUACAGUAAGUCUGCUCUAAUAUGGAGAAUAUUCUGUAACAUGCAUUAUUGUCAGAAAAAAGAUAGGUAAUAACAAUGGGUAUCAUGGCAUCAGAAUAUGGGAUAAAGUAAAACUAUCAUUAUAUGCUAAUUUAAAAAAUAUCAAAUUGCUCUGGAUAUAAAAUGCAUCUGGAAAUUUGAGGUAAGAAGAAAAGAUAGAAAGGGUAGAUGAAGUUCCAUUCUGUUUUCAACUAAGGGUAGACAAAGAAGUCCCAGUCUGUUUCCUAUAGGUCAAAAAAAGGCAACCAGCCUUUAUUUUAGCCUCUAUUGUGUGCCAGGUGCCUGGCUAAGGGCUUUCACUUUUUCUCAUUUAAUCCUCCAGCUGCCCUUUGAGAUGGUUAAUGGUCACUAUGUUACAGAUGACAAAAUCAAGACUUAAGAGAAUUUACUUUGCCCCAAGGUCGCAACCCUUAGACACUGUCCAAAGGUAGGCAAGAGCCUUGCAGGUUGUGUGUCUUGAAGAAAGCAGCAGUCACAGUGGAGGUGUUCUGUCCCAGGAACUCACAGAAUUAGACUUACAGCAGCCAUGGCUGGGCCAGCUCUUUUUUGCUGGACCAUUCUUUCUGACCGUUCCUCAUCAUCAGCACCCUUAAAAUGACUAACUCACUCAGGUACAAGUCGCUUUUAGGUUACAUAUUCUGGUGUGUAGACCUUCUCAGCCCAAACAUCUUAUCCCUUCUGUGGUGCUAAAGUUCUAUAUGACCUGACAAAACAAUAGAAGUUAAAAGAAAUGCAAAUGAUUGAUUUUGAGUUUAGCAGCAUUAUAGCUAAACUCAGAAACCUGUUUCCAUUCAACAAACUCAAAUGUAGAAGGUCUUGAGACAGAAGGAAAGGCUUUGGAAUGAAUACUGCUGUAGAAAGCAGUGCCAUCCAUGGAUGUGACUUUAACACAGCAGACUUCCUCCUUUAGGAGUAGCGUCCUAAGGAGUGUCAAAGGUUAAAAAGAUCACCUUUUAAUGUAUGUUGUUAUAUUCUGCUUACCUCAUCAUUCUGAUCACCCUAUGACCUUUUUCAAAGUGUUCUUACACUUUGAUUUGGAAUGGCACUAAUGAUUCUUUGUACUUGAAUGUGGUCUGUCAGGCCCUGGCUGGCUGCCUUGCACAGAGUAGACAUUCAAUAAAUACUAAAUGACUAAAGGAAAUGCAUCUAUGUGACAUUAGUAAAGGGUACUCGGUUACAAAAGAAAGUUCAAAGGAAUUCCUUUAUGCUGCUGUUUGAAACCAGGAUUGACAACUCUUAGAGCUAGUGUCUCAGCGUGUAAGUGUUUUAUAUGUAGUUACCUUUCAGGAGACAUAAUUUGACCUGAAGUUUACAAAAGCAAACACUGUCAUAGCAGAAGUUUGUUAUAUAAAAACCAAAAAAACCUAUGCCUUCUGAGAAAAGUUAAUGGGUAUAUUUUACAGGAUAACUAAUAUAUAAUCAACCCCAUGUGUUUAUAUAUACCAAAAAUAGCUCAUCGAUCUCUCGUAGCAUAUUCUAAAGUUAAGAAAAGAAAAACACUUUUUGGGAGGCCAGUUAAUAGCCAACUGAUGUGGAAGCUAGUGGUUGCCUUAGGCUAUUAAUUAAUUUUUUUUCUUUUUUUGGUGAGGAAGAUUGGCCCUGAGCUAACAUCUGUGCCCAUCUUCCUCUAUUUUGUAUAUGGGAUGCUGCCACAGUAUGGCUUGAUGAGCGGUGCGUAGGUCCGUGCUGGGGAUCCGAACCUGCAAACCGUGGGCCCCUGAAGCAGAGCACACGAACUUAACCACCACGCUGCUGGGCCAGCCCCAGGGAUUUUUCAUUUUUACAUAUUUUAUGUAUUGCUGCAUGAGAACAUUUUCUUUAUCCAUUCCUUCAAUUUAAGUGACAGAUGAGUAGAAAUGGAAAGAUGGUAUAUUUAUUCAUUUCAUGAUUGCUUCUCUCCCAUUUUUGAGAGAUUCCACCGACUAGGUAUUUUUUCUGAGAACAAAAAUCUUAAAGCAAAACAGCCUUAGUUCCUGCAGACUACACUGCCAUCUAUAGUACAAAAUUUGGGGGUUUACAAGUUUAUUAAAGCUAGCUUAGAUGAUUGUUGCCCCUAUUUCAUUUGCCGGUUUGAAAAAGUCUUAUUGUUUUUUCUAAUUUUAAAAUCAAUAUAGGUCAUUUCUAUGAUCUUGAAUGUUUUUGCAAAGAAUAAAAUUACUCUCUAAAUUCCUUUAUCUAUACCCACUUAACCUGAGGGAGCCAAUGGAGUCCGGUGGGUGUCCCCAAUAUUUAUCAUCUAAACCACUUGGGCCCAGCAUUAUGUAGAGUGAUGAGUAAGGAGAAAAUAGAAACCCAGAUCACAGUGGUGGGGACAGAACAGCAGAGGGUUUGAGAGAAAUCUGGGCAGGCUGGGGUGUAAACUACCACUUAAAGACUAGAAUUUUCCAAGAUUGAGUUGUGAUUAUGAGGACAAUCCUCUUGGGAAGUCAGCAGUGAGUUUACUGGCUUGCUGGGGGCAGUCCCAGUGUUUAGAUCAAUUAACACCUGUUAAUUAUUUUAGUAGCCACUUUCCCUUUGAAAAAGUCUCAGUUUAGAUAAGUCAUGUGGCCACACCAUAUUUAGCCCAACUAGAUUUUCAUAUAUUUAAAUUGCUAGUGGUCUUAAGCAACUAGAUAUGUACAUAGUUUUAUUACGCUUGAUUUUUGAGAGCUGGAUUUAGUAAUCGGAGUUGCCAUGAAGUCAGGACAUUCCUUAACAUAGGAAUCAUCCUGAGGCCAUGGUUAGAUCUGAUACAUACCAAAAAAAAUUUUCUAAUUAAAUAAAAUGAUCCAUUUGUGGCAACAUUUCUAUUUAGAAUAUUUGCAAACUGCUGAGGGGCUUCUAUUUAGAAUAUUUGCACACUGCUGAGGGGCAAGGGGAAUAAACCUUUCAACCACAGAUGAUACUCUUCAGUUCUAAGACUUUUAAGGUAAAUUUAAAGAAAAUGAGUUGAUUUCUACAGGGAGGGAAACUUCCAAAUCACCCAUCUGGUGAAGAUUAAGGGCAGCAAAAAUAGAAAUUGUUAAAAACAGGACCAUGUAAGGAGCUUUGCUUGAGAGCCCCAAAUGCAAAUCUCUAAUUGUGGUUUUCGCCACUUUGGCUUUACCUCUAUCAGCAUUCCCUGCUCCUACACACUCAAUUGCUGAUGCUCCCCUCCUCCCAAGGGAGUAAACUAUGAGAUUCUUAGUCCUAAUUCAUAAGGUCUACAUGUUAACUAUUAGAACGUGGCUAAUGAAUAAAGAUUUAACUAGUUGUGAUCAUAGCUUUAGUUUGCUUUACACAAGUUCUUGAUGCUAUUUGUAAACAAAAAAAUCCAGACAUCAAGAAAUGGAUUUUAAUACUGGUAAUUUCUUCAAACUCUGGGAAAAUCUGAAGGUAAAUCAUGUCUGGAUAUUCCUAUCAACACAUCCUUCAUUGUGUGCCCUCUCUCUCCCUCAUGCUUGUGGUAUUUCUAGUGGGCUAAAUAAGUCCAGCACCAACACCCCAACCUAGCCCUGUUUACCUUCUCCAGUUUCCUCUUUCUUUCCUAGUGCGUAGAACAGUUAUUGGAAAGAUACAGAUUUACUUAAAUUUUUUGCAACAAAGCCUACACUUUGUUCUCUGAAGUGCUUUUACUUUUUAAUGAGUUAAUAAAAAUGUAAAUAGUUUUAACUGAUGCAGAAUUUACAGUUUCUAAGCUUCCCAGUAAAAUCACACUAAUCCAGGCUAAUGGGAGGAGGAAAAGAGAGGGAGGAGGCAGUUUAAUCAGAAUUGAACUUAACACAUACUAAAGGGAAAAAAAGUUUUCUCUUUUUAAAAUGUUACAGACUGGAGGUCCAUGGUGACCCUGCCUAAAUAAAUAGCUAAGUCAUAAUUUAAUGUAUAUAAAUGGAUGCUCCAAACCAUUUUAAAGAUGCCCUUCCCAUUCCCACACCGCCUCAUGGUGGUUAUGCCAUUAAUUUGCACUAAGACUAAGGCAUUUGUCCAAUUCCUGUCCAAAUUCCAAACUAGAGCAGUAGGGUCUUAACGUAAUGAGGUUUUUACUAUAGUCGAUUAUUAUAGAUGACCUAUGCUCUUGUGUAUUAUAAAGGCAAGACUUUCAAUUGUCCCUAAUAAGUAUAUGAUAAACACCCUUUGUUUCCAAAUGCUUUAAUUCGUGACUGACAAAAGACACCAUGAGAGAGAUUUGCCUCUUGACUUCAACUCGGCUACCGCGAAAACCUUUUAAACAGAAAACACUGCCUCUCUUGGGCACUCUUUACCGAGCAAUUACAGGAUUGGAGAAACUAGUCAGACUUCCAAUUUUUGGUCGGGUUUAAAGAGAGUAACUUACAUCUGAAAAGCAUGUAUCGUUUACAUAAGACUUUCACGGCGAUUACUUCUUAACACUAGGGAAAGCUCUCUAAACCCUAAUUACGAUAACCUUACACAUUUCUUACCUCGUUCCACCAACUUCUUUGUCCUUUUCUGUCUCAAGCACCUAGGAAGACCUGAACUCCUUUUAAAAUUUUCCUUUGGAAGUUUAAACUAUAAGGAAGUGCUAAAACAAAGGUUUGCUCGUUUCCUCGGCACUACCACGUCAUGCUAUCUGAGCACUGGCCUUUAAGGGCCCCUAACACAUAUUCCUGAUCCUUCCCGAAACGUUCGGGGAAAACUUUUACACCACAAAUUUCACGCUCCCCUUGCCUAUUUGCAGCCUUGCGUUCACGCCACCAGGCUCUGCACCACAACCAGCAGAACGGAGCAGAACCAAUGUCACCCCCGAAGCAGAGCUUGCCCGGGUCACCGGCGGCUGCGUGGAUCGAAGUGAGUUUAGCUACAUCUCCGAAAAGAGCACCGUCUGGGCAGCUCACGGGCCAAAAGUGAACUUAACCCCGUGGCUAACGGCAUCGGAAAAUUCAGUCCUUUCUCGUGACACGGUUUCCAAAAAGCUAGCCAGUCAGCCCCGGGAGAAGCCCCGUUCACCUUCCCACUCCCCCAAAGACGCAGUACGGCGUUCGCGUGUGGAAGCCGAGAGCAGAGCGCGCCGGAAGGAAGCCCCAGCGCCUUCUUUUGCGCAAGCGCAGGCAGGCCUUUCCCAUUGGCCACCUCGGCUCGGAAGCGGUGGUGGUGGGAGGUGGCUCCCUCUGCGCAUGCUCUGGGCUGUCCUGCCCGCUGGCUAAGCGAUUGACGUGGCAGUGCGUAUCCGUUUAUAUCUGCGGAGUGUAACUGGCGAGUUCAGGCCUGAAAUAUCCGUGCCUAUGCAGGUUUUCUCUUAGCUUCUGAAAUCUGGUUAAAGCGGUGAUUCAUUCAUGCUCAAGUACUAAAGUCUGUCUGACUGGUAGGGUGGUUCACUGUUCUCAAACAUUUCAGAGGUGGGGGCGGGGCGGCGAAAACUACUUUCUGUAGAGGCUCCCCCGCCCCGCGCCGCUUGGGACAGCUUUGUGCAUUCGCCAAAUACCCAACGUUAAUACCUUACUGGCGACAGCGCAUAGGAACCUUUUAAUAGUAUUUCUCCUGUGUUUGUUUACAAAGGAGGAAGCCAGGAAAAACUGAAGUGGUCCAAGCCAUGCUGUCGAGUCAAUGUAUAUCGUAGUUUGAAGACGACCCAGAAAUUGUAAUCAUCAAAAGAACGUUUAUUUUUGAAUCUGAUGUUUUUAUCUUCAUUUUGCUGAGCAUAAACAGAAAAUAGUGGGCUGCCUGGUUCAGGGCCGGUCGCCUAGCCAACUUACUGACUUGGAGCUUCAGAGCCAUGGCUGCAAAGGAGUCAGGAGACGCCAGAGCAGAGUCGGCCCUCUCAUCAGCCAAUCCGAGCCAGCAAGCGUCUGAAAAACCAAACUAUGCUCUCAAAUUUACUCUCGUGGGACAUACAGAGGCAGUAUCAUCAGUUAAGUUUAGUCCUAAUGGAGAAUGGCUAGCAAGUUCUUCUGCUGAUAAAGUAAUUAUUAUUUGGGGAGCCUAUGAUGGAAAAUAUGAGAAAACACUUUAUGGCCACAGUCUGGAAAUAUCAGAUGUUGCGUGGUCAUCAGAUUCCAGUCGUCUUGUUUCUGCCUCAGAUGAUAAAACUCUAAAGAUCUGGGAUGUGAGAUCUGGAAAAUGUUUGAAAACGCUGAAGGGGCACAGUAAUUAUGUUUUUUGCUGUAAUUUCAAUCCACCAUCCAACCUCAUCAUUUCAGGUUCUUUUGAUGAGACUGUGAAAAUAUGGGAGGUAAAAACAGGCAAGUGCCUCAAGACUUUGUCUGCUCAUUCUGACCCAGUUUCUGCUGUUCAUUUUAAUUGUAGUGGGUCCUUGAUAGUGUCAGGUAGCUAUGAUGGUGUCUGUAGAAUCUGGGAUGCUGCAUCAGGUCAGUGUUUAAAAACACUUGUUGAUGAUGAUAACCCUCCUGUCUCUUUUGUAAAAUUUUCUCCAAAUGGUAAAUAUAUUCUCAUUGCAACUUUGGACAAUACUCUUAAACUAUGGGAUUAUAGCAGAGGCAGAUGCCUGAAGACGUACACUGGUCAUAAGAAUGAGAAAUACUGCAUAUUUGCCAAUUUUUCAGUUACUGGUGGAAAGUGGAUUGUAUCUGGUUCAGAGGAUAACCUGAUUUACAUUUGGAACCUUCAGACUAAAGAGAUUGUACAGAAGUUACAAGGUCAUACAGAUGUUGUAAUCUCAGCAGCUUGUCAUCCUACAGAAAACAUCAUUGCAUCAGCAGCAUUAGGAAAUGACAAAACAAUUAAACUGUGGAGGAGUAACUACUAAACCUUUUAGAAAUCAAGUAGUAGAGCCAAGUUGGCAAAGAAAGGUAUUUAAAAAGAUGGUUUGGUAUUUCUUAACAUUGUCAUGGAUUAUAACAUUUUAAGACCUAUAAACUAAAUUUAUAAAGCACGACAGUUGGAAAAGCAAGUCUAGAACCUAGGGCUUUUGACUUUUAAUUUUGCGGUCAGUUAUUAAUUUCGUGUCUGUCCCUGAACAGAUUCCCAUUCUAUUCCUCUCCAUGACUAUUCUAGAGGAUGAGUGUAUUUGAGAAAUAUUUAGAAGUAAGGUUCACAAGACAGGAUGACUGGUUAAAUGAGGAGAGCAAAGGAGUUUGGAGUAACUCCAAGGUUUCUGGUUUGGGAGAUCAGAUUAAUAAGAGCAUAAGCGUGGGAUGGUGGUGGAUAGGAGACGUAUGUCAGAUGCCUCUCACUCACUUUAAGUGAUAGCUUACAUGAUGGGACAUGAAUUGGUCUAUGGAAUCAAGUCUGUAAAUUGGGAAAAAUAAGUCAGGGUUAGGUUUAUUCUGAGAGUCUAAAAUUUUUAAGUUUUUAAGAUUAAACUCAAAAAUAAACCAAAACAUUAUAAAUGCCAUUUUACUGAAGGACCUCUUACUAUCUUCUCAGAUUGUGCCCUCAUGAUUUUCAGGCAAGCUAAAUGUCUGAAUGGUGGGCCUGCUCUCUUCCAUUAUGUGUCUGACCUACUAAUUCCUACCUGUGCUUCAAGCUCAGUUCAGUUCAGAAAUCACCACUUCCUGGAGCCAUCACUGCCUGCCUGUCUCCAUUCAUAGCUGACAGCUAAGU